GCUUAACUGCUUAACUGUUCCCACUUCAUACAUUUGUCCGCUCUAUUACGUACGUUUUGUUUCUCGUUUCCGCCUGGAAAAGCGCAGCCGAGCACGUGUUCUAUCUCGUUUAAUCGAAAAUAAUCAAUCAGUUUGUCGCUGGCUAUAUUAUAUUGAUCCCAGUGAAGGAAUCGGGUGCCGUUACAAAAAAAUAAAAAGAAGUUGGAUUGCAGAAGCGCACAUGAGUUACGACCAUGGAUUCACAAAUUAAGUUUGCUAGUGUGCGUUAUUUCGACGAUGAAAGCAAGAAAAUCCAUAUUGUCCCUAUUGAAAGAAUAAAGAAUUUUGUGGUUCUGAAUAAGUAUGAGGACCCAUAUUUUGUAAAAAGGCUGAACACUGUAACCAUGGAAGAAAGUUUGAUCGCAGCUCAAAUUAUGGAAGUAGGAACUAAUGAAGAGGACUUGAAGCAUAACAAACGACGCUAUGUCUUUAAAAAACUGGGUUACAGUGAUGCCGUACAAAUAAUACUAGAUAAAGAAAAUCCAGAGCCUAAUAAAACUCAAAAAGAAACGAAAUUCAAUAAUGAGAGGACAUCGGAAGAGGAUGAUGAAAAUAUAAUCAAUGAGAAAUUGAAAACUACUAAUCGUGACGCUAAAAUAUUUAAAAGAAACCAAAACAAAUUUUCUAAAAUUCCAUCUGCUGUAGAUAAAACAUCUAAAAUGGAUGAUGUCGAUAUAAUUAAGAAUAAAUUGGAAAUUUUAAAUCGUGAUAGUAUAGCAUUUGAAAAAACCUGUGAAAAACUGUUUGAAAUUCCAAUUGCUGUAGAACAGGAAAUUUAGUUUUUAAAAGAUGAAAACAAUAAACUACAAUUAGAAAACAACAACUUAAAAACUGAUAUAUAUUCCUUCUUAAAGAGGAACUUCAUACGUUGAAAACAAAGAAACAAUUAUUUCCUACAGAACUAAAGCGUGCGGCAUCACCAGCUAUAACCAGUACACCCAAAAAAAUGAGAAGUAAAACGACUGUUAAUGCUCC